AUGUACGUCACGUCCGCGUCCUCGCCGUUCUUCGCCAGACGCUCCCGCCGCUUGCGCAGCGCCGCCUCGUCCGCCUUCUUCUGGUCGUUGACCAGCCGGUCAAUGGCCUCCUUGGACGGCCGGUUGUCGGCAAACGACGUCGACUCGGCCGUCGAGAAGAAUCGUCCCCGCCGCCGCCGCCCGCUCGACCGCCGCCAGCUUGUCGCGCGCGUACUGCUCGAGGUCCGGCCCCGCCAGGUUGGCCGCGUUGCGGAUCUGCUUCUUGUAGACCUUGCCGGCCUCUUGUGUGUAGUCCUGGAAGGCCGCGUUGUCGCGCGCUCGCUCUCCUCAGCCGUCCAGUCCCACGCCCGCUUGCGCUCAAAGUCGCCCCCGGCGUCCUCGACUUCUGCCUUCAGAAUCUUGUGCGACGUCACGGCCACCUUGCGCCGCAGCGCCGUCAGCUGUGACGCGUCCGUCGACAGCCGCUGGGUCUCGGCGGCAGCCGCCUUGAGGUUCUGGUCGGAAGACGAUUUCGCGCGCGCCUGCAGCGCCUUGAAGCGGGCCAUACGGUCGGCCGCAGAGGGGGCAGCGGCGGCGGCGGCGGCAGCCUCUUUUUGUGGCCCAGGCACCGGCGGCACAUUUAUUGGUGUGUCUGGCUCUUUUGUAGGUUUCUGUGUCGGCUUCCGUGUUGGCUCCUCUGCCUUUGCUGUCUCCGCCUCUGCCGGCUCAACCUCCGUUGCUUCAACCUCGCCAGGUUGUGUAGUUUCGACUGCUUCUGGCUCGGCUUCUGGCUCAGGCUUGGACUCGCUCUCCGGCUCCUUGGCCUUGGCCGCUCCUCGCUUAGAGGCUCGCGUAGCCUUGGGUUUUGAUGCUGCCGCGUCCUCAACAGCGGCGUCUUCUUCAAGUUGUGUCGUCGUCGGCUCGCCCGCAGGCUCGGCCACAGGCUCGUUAGCAGCGGCCUCGGCCUUUUUGGAGGCCCGUGUUGCUCUUUUUCGCAGAGGCAUGGUGUGUGAUGUGCGCUGUACAAGGUGGCGGACGGAGGUGGAUGAGAGAGUCGUAGAUGAUAGCACAAGUUGCGGGUGGAAGGCGGCAAAAGGCUGCGACUGGUGGUUACCUGUGGCGCGAGUGGAUCCUACACGUGACUUUCCGCGCGAGUCGCGUUUCUGCAGUGGCUCCGAGUGGCUGUUCACCGCCUUCAGGAACCGCGGCAGAAAAAGCCACGCUACUGCCAGCUUCAGCACCAGCAUUCUAACGGACGUUCCAGGGCCCGCUCCUACCCCAGACGACUCCAUAGAAUGGCCAGACAGCUUAUCAACGACACCCUGCACAUAUGCGCACAUUCGACCACCAAGAGCACGCUCCUUUUCGACGACGCCCAAGGCAGAUCUGCCCCGAAUAGCCCCUGGCACAAUCAUCCCUCGACCGCCGCCCAGGGUGUCGCCCCGGGUCCAGCGCCCCGAGUGGCAGAUGCGCCCCGGGACGCCCCUCUACGAACUGCCCGUGUCCGUGCUCGACCUUGAUGCCGAGGACAACCCCCAUGUGCGGCCGUACGACGAAGCGGUCGACGGCCGCCGCGAGGCCGAAAAAUGGGCCAAAGCACACGCCUCCAUCGAUGCGCUGUCGGCGCGCCUCGCCCAGACCGAGCAGCAGAUCCGCGCCGCGCAGCUGCGCAUGCAGGUGAUGGAGCAGCAGCGGACGCCGUGGCAGGUGCUGGACAAGGAUGUGUGGGCGGCGGUGCUGGGCGUGCGCGAUCCGGGCCACGGCAACGUGCUGCACCACAACGGCAUUUCGGCGCGGCUGGCGGCGACGCCCCAGAAGGUGCCCCUGCUCCUCCACCGGGCGCUCGCGGCGCGCGAGAAGAAGGACGGCGUGGCUACGACGGCGGAGCAGCUGUCCAAGGCACUGCAGCUGUGCCGCACGCCCAUGGAACUGCGGCGGGUCGUGUCGCUGGCCGUGCAAACACCAAGCGGGCGGGCGAUUACGCGCCAAUGCAGCACGGCGAUUGCGCAGCGGCUGGCGUCGUUUGUGGAGACGCGCACGUGGCGCAAGCACAAGGACGCGGUGGACGAUCGCGACACGGCGCGCCAGGUGACGGCGAUGCUGCUCAACUGGAGCCAUGCGCUUGACGAGGGAGGGACGGCGGCGGCGGCGGAGACGUCCUCCAUGUGGGCUGUGGGCCUAUGGACCGCGGCCCUCGUCGGCCAGCCGAUGGCCAUGCGACGGUUCCUGCAGGCUGGACUGGGUUCCGGCACGGAUGCGGACAAGGCCCGAUUUCUGGAAACGUGGCCAAACCAAGAGUCGAAAGACGCGGGUUCCUGGCCAGCGGCGGCCUUGGCACUCCAGUCCCUUCUUGACUCUCUGCGCGGCAAGGUCGCCGCCUCUGCUCUGGACGGCACGCGAGCCGAGCUAUUCUCACUCCUUACGGGCGUCCACUUGCUGCGGCCCGCUGCGGAUGCCGGCCCCGACGUGUCGUUCCGCGUCCUUUUGUCAGAGCUUCCAUCCCAGGUGCCGUAUAGCCAUCUGUAUGUGGCCACCCUGGCGGAGCUUGGCGGUGUUCGCACUCUGUGGGAACAGCAGCAGAAGACAGGGACGGCCGUAGGCUCCGAUACGCUCGUCACGGCCGUCGUACGCUAUGCCGUCUACGCGGAGGCACAGGCACCUAUGCCGACACCGAGUGCGACCAGCAGCCUGGACAGGUCGGCAGCCAACAGCAGCGUGUGGGACCUGCAGACGAUUGUCAACUACGAGGCGGCACGGGCGACGGCGCGGCAGCCGCCGACACUCUUCCCAACGCUGCGUCCGGUGCCGCCCCCAUUAGGAGAACAUGAGACCGCAGCGCAGCCCGCCGUCACAGUGGACGACGCAUUUAGGGACGCCGUCGUGGCAGCGUUCUCUCAGGAAUCUGCAGAAGCAGCUGUCCAAGCGAUUGACGCGCUCCUCCAGGCCCGGCAAGAUGGGCAGCGAGGAAGUAGGGCUGCAGGGGCAGUGCCAGAAAAAGCCCAGGCGUGA